AUGGUCACGUGCUUGGAAAUGAUGCAGACAGCACUGCCCAUUAUGGACCGGUGGUGUGAUGGAGAAGGACUUGCAGUGAAUCCUUCGAAGACAGUCAUGAUAUCAUUUACAAGUAGGAGGUAUCUGGAAAUUACACAGCCCUACACACAGCCCCACAGCCCUACACACAGCCCCACAGUCCUAUGUGGGGGCCAGAUACAGGUAAGCAGGGAGUUCAAGUAUCUAGAAGUCAAACUGGAUGACACACUCACCUGGAACAAUCAUAUGGAAUACAUAAACAGCCGAUCUCAUACUACAAUGAUGAUGGUGAGACGUGUGGUAGGAUACACAUAG